AUGGUGGCCGCCGCGUCGGUGCUGCAGCGGUGGGCGCUGGAUAUGGCCAUUUUCGCUCGGUUUUGGCCUAACCCAUCUGCAAUGGCUGGUGAUGAGGGGGCGGUGGCAUUGCGUGACGAUGGCGUGUUUGCCACAAUGGAGGUUGGAUGUGCACGACAUCGUGCCCAACUGGCGGCGCGGUUGGUGUGCCGUUGCGGCUCAUGUGGCAACGAUGAUGAUGGUGUUACAAUGCCACCAAGACAAAAGUCCGGUGCCGAGAAAAGAAAACAAAAAAAACGAGAGAAUCAACUCAUUGAAAAACAAAGAGGUUCUUUAAAUAUGUUCUUUCCAGUGGUAACUAGUGUUGAUAAUCAAAGGCAAGAAUCUGAACCGGGACAAGAUGAUGAUCAUAAUUCAAAUGAUGAUCCUGAAGUCAACGAACAUUCCUUGGAUGACAAUAUUGAUGCUGAUGUUAAUGAGGACAACACGGGAAAGGAAAAUUCGCAGCCUUCACCUGAUGCUCGGAAUGGUGAUGAACAAGAUGAUUCUCUUUUAUCUAUAUAUGAUCCUAGGACAUGGGAUAAUCUUGAUAAUCGGAAAAGGGACAUUUUAAUUGAAAAGGGGCCGGUGAGAGAAUUGGGCUUGUGGAGUUCCCUGCCCGCCCUGAUGAUGUCGAAGUUGUUCAAAUCAAACCAGAGCAGGUCUUUGCUAGCGUCUGAUGGAUUAAGGGACUGGAAGCGUCUCAGUGGAAGACUCCAAGAACAUGAGAGCAGUGUUGAGCAUUUAACAAACAUGAACACAUGGAAUGAUCUAAGGUUGAGGUUAAGCAAAAAUCAAACAAGUGAUGAUGACAUGCAGCGGGAGAUUGCAAAGGAAAAGGAGCGGUGGAGACAAGUUUUGCUAAGAAUAAUUUCUGCAGUGAAGUUUCUUGCAAAACGUAAUUUGGCAUUUCGAGGAACAAAGGGGAAGUUGUAUGAAGAUAAUAAUGGUAAUUUUUUGGGCACGGUUGAAAUGAUUGCUGAAUUCGAUCAUGUGAUGCAAGAACAUAUUAGGCGCAUUCAAAGUAAUGAAAUACAUCAUCAUUAUCUUGGCCACACUAUUCAGAAUGAGUUGAUUUCUCUCCUUGCUGAUGCCGUGAAAAAGGUUAUCUUACGCACCAUCAAGGAUGCCAAGUAUUUCUCUGUUAUAUUGGACUGUACCCCGGAUGUGAGCCAUGAAGAGCAAAUGACGCGAAUUGUGCGUUGUGUCAAUAUGUCAAGUAACAUUCCGAGAGUGGAGGAGUUUUUCCUAGAGUUCUUAAAGGUUGAUGACACAUCAGGAUUGGGUCUUUUUAAUGUACUGAUGGAUACAUUGGAUUCUUUUGAUUUGAAUGUCGCCGAUGUGAGAGGGCAAGGUUAUGACAAUGGCUCCAACAUGAAGGGAAAAAAUCAAGGUGUUCAGACUCGAUUGCUCAAAGUUAACCCCAAAGCAUUAUACAUGCCAUGUGCAUGUCAUAGUUUGAAUCUCACUCUUUGCGACAUGGCGAAAUCUUGCGAACAAGCUAUUUCAUUUUUUGGUAUUAUACAACGUAUAUACGUAUUGUUUGCACGUUCUACUAAAAGGUGGAAGAUUUUGCUUGAUAAUGUUCCAAAUCUGACUCUCAAACCUUUAUCUAAUACUCGUUGGGAGAGUAGAAUAAAGAGUGUGCAACCUAUAAGGUACCAAACUCAGCAAGUAAGAUCAGCUUUGAAGGAACUAGAGAAGUCUUCUACUGAUGAUCCAGCUGCAGUAAGUGAUGCUCAAUCUUUGUUCAGUGCACUUGGGAAAUUUGAGACUUUGGUUGGUAUGGUUAUUUGGCAUGAUAUUUUAUUUUCUGUCAAUAUGGUGAGCAAAAAGUUACAGGAAAAAAUUGUGUGCAUCGAUGCUACUCUCAAACACAUUGAAGGGGUCAUUUCAUAUUUUGAGAAGUAUAGAGAUGAAGGCUUCUAUUCUAGUAUUGAGAGUGCCAAACUCAUUGCAGCGAAUAUGGACAUAGAGCCAAAAUUUCGUACAAAACGUCAAAGUAAAAGGAAGAGGCAUUUUGAUGAAAUCAAUGAUGUAGAUGAAGAUCCACAACUGUCAGCUAUUGAAUCCUUCAGAGUUACUUACUUUCUUGUCAUUGUUGACACUGCAAUUGCUUCAUUGAAUAGUCGAUUUGAGCAGCUGAAGGCAUUUGAAAAGGUGUUUGGUUUCUUAUUCAACUCAAAUAAGUUGAAGUCAUUGGACGAUAGUAAUCUACGAAAAUCUUGCACUAUUUUUGCACAAACUUUUACUCAUGAAAAGUCACAUGAUGUUGACCUUGAUGAUUUUUUCUCUGAGUUAAAAGUGUUGAAGGUAACUUUGCCAGAUGAUUUGAUGUCAGCACCUGAGAUUCUUCAAUUUGUUACAGCUGUCGGUUGCUAUCCAAAUGUGUCAGUUGCUUAUCGGAUCCUCUUGACUAUACCGGUGACUGUAGCCUCAGCUGAAAGAAGUUUCUCUAAGCUGAAACUACUGAAAAAUUGUUUGAGGUCAACUAUGUUACAAGAGAGAUUGAAUGGCUUCGCUACAUGUUGUAUUGAGAAGGAUAUCUUGGACAGAAUUGAUCUUGAUACUCUCAUCAAUGAUUUUGCAUCUCGAAAUGCUCGAAGAAGUUUUUUUGUGAAAAACUGA